GUCUUUGGAUUUUGGGCUGUGCCGUGGUUUCUUCAUAUUUAUUAAAUUGUUAAAUUGUUCAUGUUAGUUAGUUUAAUUAAAGCAGCACUAUGGGUCUGUUGCGCGCGAUACGUGUCAGGAUCAUGAGUUUCAUGGUUUUCUUUCUGAUUAUUAUCCUACUACCCGGUUUGCCUCCUCGUUCCACCUUCCCAUUUAAGGAAUUUAUUGUUAAACCGCCCAAUGAGCUGAAAGGUGCCCUGGAACCCAACCAGCACCUGGAGGGUGCGGAGCGUUUGCUGGAUGGGCGUGUCUAUGGCCCUGAGUGCCUUAUUGUACGAAACAAUGAAAUAUAUGCUGGAAUUCAUGGCGGUGAAGUCAUUAAAAUAACGUCUAACCAUGUAACACAUGUGACUAAAUUCGGCCAGCCUUGUGAAGAGAUAUUCGAAGAGUCACGGUGUGGUCGACCCCUUGGCCUGGCUUUCGAUACGAAGGGCAAUAAUUUAAUCGUUGCCGAUGCCUAUUACGGUUUGUGGAUGGUAGAUCUGACGACGCAUAAAAAGACUUUGCUGGUUUCGGCAGCGCAGGAGCUUGCGGGCAAGGAAAUUGCGCGUCCAGCUAAGAUUUUCAAUAGCGUUGCCGUUUCCAAGCAAGGCGAAAUCUAUUGGACUGACUCUUCCUCGGACUUCGACAUUCAAAAUUUGGUGUUCACAUCGUUUACAAAUCCAUCGGGCCGUCUCUUCAAAUACAACCGUGCCGAGAAUGUCAGCGAAGUGCUGUUGGACGAGCUGGCCUUUGCAAACGGACUUGCGCUCAGUCCCAAUGAGGACUUCAUUGUAGUGGCCGAAACGGGAGCUGCACGCCUUACCAAAUAUCAUUUGAAGGGCCCCAAUGCCGGCAAACAUGAAGUUUUUGUUGAUGGGUUGCCUGGUAUUCCCGAUAAUCUAACACCCGACGACGAUGGCAUUUGGGUACCCCUCCCACUCACAGCCGAUAGCGAGAAUCCCAAUGCAUUCGCAAUGUUCUCACGAUUCCCCAGCAUUCGUCUUUUCUUCGCUCGUAUGCUCUCGCUCUUUGAGUUGCCCUUCCGCUACAUUUCGGCCAUAUAUCCAAACAAAUUUACGCAGCCUAUUGUGCACUUCAUUGGACAUGGAGAGAGUAUCAUGCUAUUGGCGCCCAAACGCGCCACGGUGUUGCGAGUGGACUGGAAUGGUAAAAUUGUUGGCUCUCUGCAUGGCUUCGAUCGCUCUGUUGGUGGAAUUUCGCAUGUGUUGGAGUUCCAAGAUCAUUUGUACCUGGGCUCGCCCUUCAAUCGUUAUUUGGGACGCGUCAAGUCUCCCAAAGCGGCCAAGCCACCAACCGUAAAGGUCCGAAAUGUGCGUGUUGAGGGCGCUGGACUGGAACCGGCUGUUAAAGCCCCACCGCCAGCCGCAACCGCUACCAAGCCGACGGCAGCACCUACAACAACUACUGCAAGACCUACAACAACAACCACCACUACAACGACACCUAAACCGACAACAACAACUACCCCAAGACCAACAGCUGCUCCAACCGCUGCUCGAACUGCUGAUCCAACAACAACCACACCCCCCACUGCAAGGCCGACCGUUCAACCUACGCCUAAAGCAACUGCAGUUCCAGCCACACCUAAAGCAACGGCAGUACCGCCACCGCCUCAAGCAACGGCUGCACCACCCACGCCAAAGCCAGCAGCAGCAACACCCCCCAAGCCUGCGGCAACAGCCCCACCUCGAACGGUGCCCCAAAAUCCGGCACCAAUUAAGGAGAAUAUUCCCGGUGACACCCAACCGCCCAAGACUGAGAAGCUGAAGGUCAUCAGCCAAAAGGGCGAGCAUCUUGAGCUCUAAAAUAGAGGUGUGCAGAGCUGUGAAGCUUAACCAGCGUUAGGUUUAACACGGCAUUCCUGUCAUUUCAAUACAUUCCUUGCAUUUGCAUUUGUCGAGCACAUUUGGCAGCUUUUUAUAUGACAUUGUAAUUCAUAUAAUUCAGUUUUGUCCAUAAUUUUGAUUGUAACGAUACAUUCCUUUUCCCUCGAAAAUUUUCGUUAAGCUUAAAGUUUCCGCACAUUCCACAUAGUGUACUAAAAAAAAAAUAACCAAUCGUUUAGAACAAUGCGCAAAUUGUUAAGCAAACGAAAGAAAAGCAAAAAAAAAGGAGCUAACACAUCGAAACAUUUCAUUUAGUACUGAACCAUUGAAUGUUGCUCGUUUCGUUUCAUUAAAAGCGUAUAAGAUUAAUUUUUGUAAAAAUAAUAACGUAACUUUUAUGAA